GACCGACACUCAACAACACUCUGUGACUUGUGCGAAAGCAUAUCAGCAACGUCCUACUAACUCCACAGGAAGCCUUUGCUCACAUUGUUACGAGCCAUCGAAUUAUGAGCUAUGGCUAGACUGAACGAACCCCCCGUGUCUACGGACAGUCUCGAAACGCUUCGAAAAAAACUUCUACGCCAGAACCGCGAUCUUGCAAAAUCAAACAACAUACGUGCCCUCCGCAUCCGAGAACUCGAGAAUGACUGCGCAUGUAUGCUAUCAGAGAACCUGGAGCUCAGAGGUCGUAUCAUAGAGCUAGAGAAGGAGCUUGAAGAUAACGAUACUCGAAGAAUUGCUGAUCAUGCACUUGCUAUCAAGGCGAAGCUUGAAUCCCAACUUACAGAAUGGGGUACCCUUCUUGCUGGUCUUGGCCUUGAGCCGCCUAUGAAGCGACACUCUCCACGACCAAGAAAGUCAACAAAGUCCAGGUUGAGCUUCAGCUCAGCUCGACCCAGUCCUUCACAGCGACGCCUUAGAGAUAUGGCCCGUGAAAUUGAGGAACUGGGACAUAUUUCAGAAACCAAGUCCUACCCGAGACAGUCCAUGAACCAAGAACAAAUCCUAGCACUUCGGUCAGAGGCCGACAACGAUGACAUGGCCGACACAUCUCAAUCACCAGAUAUUGGACCUCCUCCUGUCUCCCAUUUCAUCGAGGAAGAGCCAGUCAAGGUUGACUCACCCACACGCUCACGCCCUUCACCAACACAUAUACCAGCACCCAUACAAGAGAGUCCCACAAGGAAACUCGCACCACCCGAAAAACUCACAUCACCUCAGACCACCAAAACCUUACCGAGAUCACCUUCGCCCGAAAAGAAGCAACAAGCAAAUGCCACUAAACCCAAGGAAACGGAGCCAGUCAAGGCAAAGCCCUUAGCAACCAGAUCAAUCGAGACUAAGGUACAAGAAAUCGUCGAUGAAACCCCGGUACCUCAACCCCAGCCAGUCAAGGUCGGAUCAAAGCGAAAGCUCGCCGCUCGAGAUGAUAUGGUUACGAGUAGAUCCCAGCGGGCGAAUAACGAAAACGAGCCUCCACGAAACGCUACUGACAAGCCUUCGAUUCGUGAGAAGGCCGGAGGACGAACAUUGAAAGAACUUGGUAAUAUGAGAAAGGACGCUCGUGAAAAGGCGAGUGCGACAGGCACAAGGAAGCCCCUCGCAGCCAAGAGCACUAACGACGAUUUGACCUCGCCAAAGAAGAUUUCCAAACCAGUUGCGACUGAUGAAGUCGCUGCAGCCAAAGCGGAUCUCAUGAGAUCAAAGGCUUCCCAAGAGAGCCCCAAGCCCAGAUCCAAGACUUUGGCUCCUAUCACCAUUGAAACUGUACUCGAGCCUCCUACGGCCCCUGAAGUUGUAGAGGUGCCAUGCGGACUCACAACACCUUUCACAGACUCAGCGCUUCUCUCCCCCAACUCGCCAGAUACUGCCGCAUCCCAGGAACCCGGACGAGGAGGAACACCUCCACCUGGCGAUGUCAAUGCGAGCAGAGAACCAGCAAGGCCCAGCCGACGAAAUAGGACCGCAGUCAGCUAUGCAGAGCCUAACCUCAGAGACAAGAUGCGACGACCCACCAAGGAGAUGCUCGACGCUGUUGCUGGAGAAGGCAAAUAUGCUCGAAGGUCUAGUGUAGCUGAGCAAGCCCCAGACACAGCCAGAACGAAGCGUGAGAGCAGUACUGAAGACUCAUGGAAGAAUCUUCCCAGUGCCAAUGCCAACAACACAGAGAACGAGCCUGGGAGCAUUCCUGCAAGCCCUCUGGCUGGUAAAGGUUCACCUCCUGGCAUCCAUAAACUUAUAGCUAUGCGAGGUGGCAGACGCACAUCUAUGAUGAUUCAAGAUAUUGUUACCAGCAGCGAAACCUCACAUGAGGAUGGAGAAGUCAAGGAGGAGACGGCUUCUGACACUACUGGUGUCAGCGAAGUUGAUGUUUAUGAAUUCACACCCUCAUCACCACAAAAUGACGAAGAAGCUCCUGCCGAGAUCAAGAAGAAGGCCACUGCUCGUCGACCGUCACGGCGUGUCUCUUCAGCAGUUCACACCGAGGAUGGCGCUGGAGCUAGAGAGCGCGCCUCAUCUAGGCGAAGGAGUAUGAUGUUGUAAUGAUGCAUAUUGCAAUAGCGGGAGUUCGGUAGAGCAGUUGGGCGUUUUUCUCAUUUGUUGUUCUUGUUUGUUCAAAAGGAGUACGUUGCUUGUCGGCGCUGAUACUGCUUCGAUGGAUCAUACAGACUGGUCACAUGCCCAAGAUACCUCUACAAAGCGAUGGAUAAUGG